CUGACAAUGUGUGUGGAUAUUACCAUCCUCUACUACCCAACACGUCACUAACCCCAUUCCAUACUUGAUUAUGCUCUCCAUAUAAUCUCCCUAUAAUCUCCAUAACAUCAACUUCUCUCUCUUUUUCUGCAACAACUGCUAACAAUACUGCUCCUCAGUUUCAUUUCUUCAUCAUCAGGUAAACUUUUUAUGAUGGAGUUAUGAACCUGGGGCAUUGUUGAGUAGCAAGCUAUCUGGAAAUUUAGUUUGGUAUCUAGACUCCAAUAAUUCCUAAAUCACUGAAACAGUUGUGAAAGAUAUGACUCAUUUAAAUGGUAUGCUGAAGCACCCACGAGGAGCUUUCGUCACUAAGAAAGAGACGCUUCAGCCAACAGCAGCAAAGGGAUCAAAGUUAGAUGAUGCUAUUCAGCUAUACCCAAAUCCAGAGUCUGUUCGUUGCGUCUCUUGUUUGAAGAAAACUAGUUGUAAAAUUGUCCGUACUAAAACAAAAUUGAUGAACAUUUUGCUUGAAGAAGGGAAGGCUGAAGAGGCCCAGUCAAUUUUUGAGCAGCUGAUUUCAGAUGGACACAUUCCAUCACUGAUAACAUACACUACUCUAUUAGCUGCCUUGACGAUUCUGAAGCGCUUUGAAUUUAUACACUCAAUCAUCUCCCUAGUUGAACAAAAUGAUAUGAAGCCCGAUUCUGUGUUCUUCAAUGCUGUCAUAAAUGCAUAUGCAGAAUCAGGAAAUAUGGCGGAAGCUAUGAAAGCAUUUCUGAAAAUGAAAGGUAAUGGAUAUAGACCUAGUACCAGCACUUACAACACAUUGAUGAAAGGGUUUGGCAUAGCUGGUCAGCCUGAAGAAUCAAUGAAGCUGCUUGAGCAGAUGUCCGUUAAUGGAAUGAUGAAACCCAAUCUCAGGUCAUACAAUGUAUUAGUUAGGGCUUGGUGUAGCAAGGGGAAUAUUGCAGAGGCGUGGAAUGUGGUCCACAAAAUGGUGGCUUCUGGCUUGAAACCUGAUACUGUAACAUACAACACUCUAGCAACAGCUUAUGUUCAAAAUGGCAACACUGGUUUGGCAGAAGAGAUGAUGUUGGAGAUGCAAAGCAACGAUAUUCAACCCAAUGAACGAACUAGCUGCAUAAUAGCUAGUGGAUAUUGUCGAGAAGGUAAACUGAGGGAUGCCCUAAGAUUUGUUUAUAAGAUGAAAGGAGAGAGAGUGCGUCCAAAUCUGGUUAUUUUCAAUUCACUGAUCAAAGGAUUUCUGGAUAAUACAGACAGAGAGGGAGUCGAUGAGGUAUUGAGAUUAAUGGAAGAAUUUGGAGUGAAACCAGAUGUGAUAACAUGUAGCACAAUUAUGAAUGCAUGGAGUGCUGCUGGUUUCAUGGACAAGUGCCAGGAAAUAUUUGAUCACAUGAUUAGAUCUGGAAUCAAGCCUGAUGCUCAUGCAUAUAGUAUCCUCGCUAAAGGUUAUGCACGUGCAAAAGAACCUGAAAAGGCUGAGGAGCUACUAAACCAUAUGAUAAAUAUGGGUCUCCGUCCUAAUGUUGUGAUGUUUACAACUAUAAUCAACGGAUGGUGCAGCACAGGAAGAAUGGAAUGUGCAAACAAGAUCUUCGAGACUAUGUGUGAAUACGGGGCAUCACCAAAUCUGAAAACCUUUGAAACCCUAAUUUGGGGAUAUGGAGAGGCAAAAAAACCGUGGAAAGCUGAAGAAAUGCUUCAGAUGAUGGAAGAGUAUGGUGUCCAUCCUGAACAAAGCACCUUCACACUAAUCGCGGAAGCUUGGCAAGCUGCUGGAGUAGCUAAAGAAGUGGGUCAAGUUCUUGUUUCUGCAAGAAACGGAGCAGUGACUGUUCAAAGAAACAACGGUGAGGAGUUUCCUUUGGCAAGUUCAGACAAUUUAUAUCAGAAACAGAUACCUAGUUCAUCGUAUUCUGACAUGUCACUGACACCAAACGGGAUUAUUGGUGAUUCCAGAGGGUCUGGCUCUGGAAUUACAAAAGGCCGAUUGGUACUAAGAGAUGCAUUGGAGUCUCCCUGGAAUACUGCUGUUAAGUCUAUCUAUGUUCCUCAAGCUUGUCGAUUUGGGUCUAGACCACCCACCAUCUGUCAGAAGCAAUCUCACGGGAAGCUAGGUUUGUACAGUCACCUUGCUCUCUCAUGCACAUUGGUGUUAAUGAACUGAGGAAAUGUGAGCGCUCCACAUUUUGGAAUGUUGGAGUAUUACUAGGGGUGAAUACUCUUAUGGCACCAAUUACUUGUUGUAGAUACUUAAGUUUCCUGUUCCGCAUUUUGGAAUGUUGGAGUGUUACUCCGGGGGAAAUACUCUUAUGGCAUCCAUUACUUGUUGUAGAUACUUAAGCUUCCUGUUCCGCUCAUGUUUGUAGCUUGCUUUGAUCAUAUUGAAAUGACUUGGUUAGCCUGGUACAGAUUUGGUUGUGCAGAAAACAAUUGUUACUGUAAAGGGCGUUUUAUAAUGUCGUGUAGGUUCAUAUUACUUUCAAAGAUCUCUUAUUUUAGUUUCA